AUGAGGUGGCGUGGACGAGGCGGGGUCAUCACCAGGCGCCCCCAUCUCCGCUCUCUCUCCCUGGCACAGAACUGAAUGCACUACAGGAAGAGCUUGGACCAUUUGGUCUGGUCAUUCUGGGCUUCCCCUGCAACCAAUUUGGAAAACAGGAACCAGGAGACAACUCUGAGAUCCUAGCCAGCCUCAAGUAUGUCCGCCCAGGUGGUGGCUUUGUCCCCAACUUCCAGCUCUUCGAGAAAGGGGAUGUGAAUGGGGAGAAAGAGCAGAAGUUCUACACUUUCCUGAAGAACUCCUGUCCGCCCACCUCGGAGCUCGUGGGUUCACCUAACCGCCUUUUCUGGGAUCCCAUGAAGGUCCAUGACAUCCGCUGGAACUUUGAGAAGUUCCUGGUAGGGCCAGAUGGGCUGCCCAUCAUGCGCUGGUACCACCGGACCACGGUCAACACCGUCAAGAUGGACAUCCUGAACUUCAUGAGGCAGCAGGCACUCCUGAGGGUCAAGACGUAACUGUUGCCCACCCCACCCCAUGUCCACCUGUGCAGGGGCUGGGGGUGAUCUGUUCAGGAAGGAAUCCAUCUCCAAUUGCACUACACACCCACCACGGACCCCUCUUAUUACACAAGGCCCCUGCCUGACACAGAUGUGUGCACACGACUGAGUACUGCUGUUAUGUGGUGUUUGCACACAUACCCACAGGUGUGCGUAAUGUGUGUGCAAGGUGUACCACCAUGGGUGUCUACUGAGCGAAUAUCCAGGAAUGUGUACCGUGUGUGUGCCCACAGCUGUGUGCUUGCUAGAGUGCUGGGGAAUAACACUCCUUUCUCGCGAGUUCUGUUCCACUGAUGACCAUUCACCUUCACCUGAGCCCAAAGGAGCUUCGAGGUCCAGUUGUCCUGCUCUAACCUGGACCUCAACCUUGAAGUUCAUAUCUCCCACUGCCUCCAAAUACCACCCGCAACUGGGGUCCCCAGAAGUCUCUGGUUCUACCACACUGCCCAACCCUCCAUCAUACAGGCAGAUUUUGUCCCAGCCCCUUCUCCUUCCUGAAGGGCCCUCCCAAGACCCUGCCCCCACCCCAUAGCACUCCCUGGUAUCAGCCAAGACAGAGGUGAGAGCAAGGGCUACGUCCCCGUGUCAGGGGUGGCAGCUUCAUGAUGGUGAGGCCCGAAGCCUCUGUGGCGGACCUCCCCCGAGCCUGUCCCACGGGCCAGCCCUUAGUGCAUUCAGGCGAGGCCCUAGACAGGGAUGCCACCCCUGCUCCUUCGGAGCACGUGCCUUCCCCCUCACCCUGGUCCAUUGGCGCUAGACUCAUGCCCCUGUCUGCCCAGUAAAGGUCUUUCUGCAGCAGCUGAGUCUACUGUGGUUCUUCUUCAACGGUGGCUGCCCCAGCCACGGGGGUAGGAGCAAAAGAAGGGAAAAGAAAUGGAGUGGUUUGGGUUUCUGCCUGGGCCCACUCAGCAUCUGAAGUUUAUAAGACCAGUUCACAUCUACUCUCAUUCCCUCCCACCCUUCUCCAAGGUGGCUAGGGUGGAUGAGAGGUGCUCCAUUUGACAGACGAGGAAACUAAGGCACACAGAAGGCCCAGGCCUUGCCCAAAGUCUCCUGAUGAGUG